AUGGGGAUUCACAUUCCCCGUGUGCCUUAUUUGGCCCUCUUACUGUUCCUGCUCCUGUUGAAUAGUCCCCUUUCAAAGGCUAGAAGCCUCCAGUACCAUGGCCCUGGCUGGAAACUAUUCCAGAGGCUGGGCAAGGGUUCCUCAAUUUCCGACGAACAGCAGAUCCAACAAAUGAACUGGAACCAACGCCAACUAGAAGACAACUGUCAAGGUGUUUUCGACCUCUACAUCAUCCUGGACAAGUCCGGCAGUGUGGGCAGAAACUGGAUCUAUGUUUAUUCAUUUACGGAAGAUUUGGUGAAGAAAUUCCAGAACCCUAAACUGCGGAUAUCCAUCAUCACCUACUCCACAUUCGCUGAUGUCAUCAUUCCACUCACCUCAGACCGAGAAGCAAUCCGUAAAGGACUUGCAAUACUCCACGAAGAGGUGCCUGAAGGAUUUACACACAUGCAGGAUGGAUUUAAGAAGGCAAAUGAACAAAUCAGAAAGGCUAUGCAAGAAGGGAGCAAACUCCAGUCCGUGAUCAUCGCCAUGACUGAUGGUCUUCUGAUGGAGAAACAUUUUAAACAGACCAUGGAAGAGGCCAAGAUUUCCAGACAGUUGGGUGCAACUGUUCUAACAGUGGGUGUCUACCACUAUGAUAAGUGGCAGAUGGCCCAAGUUGCAGACAGCCCAGAUCAUACCUUUGAGGCAAAACAAGGCUUCACUGCCCUGCAGGACAUCGUUGACAAAAUUGCUUCCAAGUCCUGUAUUCAGGUGUUUUCCGUGACGCCAUCCUAUGUCUGUACAAAAGAUCCCUACCAAGUGACAAUCAAUGGACGAGGAUUUAAAAAUACAAAUGACCUGAGCCAAGUUAUUUGCAGGUUCACGUUCAGUGACUCCAGGGUUGUUGAUGAAAGCCCUACAGAUAUUACUGAUAACACCAUGAAUUGUCCCGGACCGAAGAUACAGCAUACUGGCGAGGAAGUGUCUCUUGAGGUCAGUCUGAACAACGGCAUCUCCUUCAUUGGCAACAGACUCGUCAUCACCGGAACCAACUGUGGGAGUACCAAGCCUAAGGAGCCACCACCACCGCCACCUCCACCACAGCCAGAGAAGGAUCCAGGGGAGAACCUACCCCCUCCUACAUCACCACCUGCUCCAUCUCCUCCAUCUCCAUCACCUAUUAACCCAAACCCUACUGUGAUCGUUGCUUGCUGUGGCUGUGGAAACAGAGGGGUACAGAUGACUGGGUUGGGCAGGGUGUGA